GCGACGUCACUCGCGCAGCAGCCACAAACAGGAAGAAAAUAGGCAGCGUUUUGGCUAGCGUAGCUCUCUGUGUAGCAUUAGCACAGUAAUGAAACGGCUUUGAGAGUCGGUAGGAAACCGGUGCUCUAUCAUGCUGUGUCCGGAGGAGUGACUGUAUCGAUUGAUGCUCGCGGAAUUCAGUUCUGUUCGACUUUCGUCCGGUCCGAGUGUUGAAACAAGACUCAUCAAACCUUUGUGUGCUCUCUGUUGGUCCCAGCAGGUGUGAAUGAGUGACGUGGUGCCUCCCACAGCUCUCAGUGAAGUCCAGCUCCGCUUCCUUUGCCACGAUGACAUAGAGAAUGUCAAGCUGCUCUGUGGUGAUUGGUUUCCAAUCGAGUACCCAGACUCAUGGUAUCAAGACAUCACCUCCAACAAGAAGUUCUUCUCCCUCGCUGCCACCUUCAGAGGAGGCAUCGUGGGAAUGAUUGUGGCCGAGAUCAAAGGCCGAACCAAAGUACACAAAGAGGAUGGAGACAUCCUGGCCUCCAGCUUUCCUGUGGACACACAGGUAGCUUACAUCCUCAGCCUGGGAGUGGUCAAAGAGUUCAGGAAACAUGGCAUAGGCUCCUUACUGCUGGACAGUUUGAAGGAGCACAUCUCAACGACAGCCCAGGAUCACUGUAAGGCGAUCUACCUACACGUCCUCACCACCAACAACACUGCCAUCCACUUCUAUGAGAACAGGGACUUCAGGCAGCACCACUACCUGCCCUACUACUACUCAAUACGAGGCGUCCUCAAAGAUGGGUUCACAUACGUGCUCUACAUCAACGGGGGUCACCCGCCCUGGACAAUAUUUGACUACAUCCAGCACAUCGGUUCCACCCUGGCCAGCCUGAGCCCCUGCUCCAUCCCUCAGCGGCUGUACCGACAGGCCCAGUCCCUGCUGCGCUCUCUGCUCCCCUGGUCCAACAUCGCCUCCAAGACCGGCAUACAGUACAGCAGAACAAUGUGACGCCACACGGAGCGCAGCUGUUCUGAUUUUCGUCAGUCUUCCCCUGUACACGCCAGGAUGUACACGCACACUCACAUUCUCAGUCUCGUACAGCUUUCCACACUCUCCGUGUGACACAGGACUCAGGUUCAACCUGCGUUUGACCCUUCACAUGUCCAGAAUAAUACUCACCAUGAAAUCCACACUUAAGCACUGUUCACAGGAUUCGGGUUUGCAGGGUUGUUGCUUUGCAACAUCACUAAAAGUGCAAUGUUGUGUUCACACUAAUAGGGGGUGUGAUCUGGUAAAACCACAGGAUUUUUUUAGUUAUUCAGUUCCUAUACUAGUCCAUAAAUAAAUAAAUAUAUACUAUAUAUAUAUAUAUAAUCACACUAUCUCAUAGUUCCUCUUAUUGUAACCUGUGUUCUCCCAGUCAUUCCAGAGCCGAGCCGUGUCAGACCCGCUAUCAGGCCAAUCAGAGCAGAGCUGAGCACCUGGUUCAGAUACGCUGAUCCAGACAUGCAAAUGGCAAACACAGGUUGUAGUUUUGGUGUGAAAGGGGUUUAAUAGACACACUGGGAACCGUACGGAGACUUAAGGUUCAACCCUGCCUAUCUUUGUCUCCCUUCAUCCUGUCCACUACUGUCAGAGACGAUGUAUACUGUUUGUAUAUUAUAUAUACUAAGCUAAUAUAUAAAUUCUCUCUACAUGUAUGUCUAUUCUAUGCUGUCCGUAGGCCUAGUUGGAAGAUCACCCAUCCUUGUCCCUUUUCUGAGCAAAGACUGAAUUCAGAGUCAUUUCCAGUUUGUAAAAUAGACACUCAAGAACAAGUUCAGGCCUGUCAAUCUAGAGAUGAGUUAAUGUGCUAGUAGGUUCAGAUAGAGCUAAUUAUACACAGGGAACUUUGAGGCACGAUGUAGAGAGGUCAUUUAUUCAGUAGCGGCUGGAAUUUUCCUUUUCAACAUUCAUGAAACCAUCCCUUUGUUCUGUGCAAUAACUGAACUAGUGACUGUACAUCAGUAGAGAAACACCAACAUGUUGCAGUAAACCACUGGGUCAGUGCUCACCGCAACACAGCGUUUACAGACAGCUCAUGUUAUGUAGGACUUACUGAAAGUCUAAAAAUAUGGUCAGAACCCUAAACAAAGCAGCCUUUCUAUGUUGUUUCCAGUGUUGCCCGUGUAUAAUUCUUCCAAGAGGAAAGGAGAGGUGCUUGGCUCCUUAUUUUAGAGGUUUUAAUGGUAACGGCUGCAGUCCUGUGUGUCUGCUGCUCUCUGGCUGUAAUAUUGCUGCUAAUGUAGAGAAAUGUCCAUUUGUUUGUCCAGAUUUUAAAAUAUUGGCCCAGAUUAGAUUUUUAUGCCGGCCUGUAGAUGAAAUGAGAAAGUAAUGUUCCAAACACAAACAUCAGCCGCCUUGUGUGCAUGCAGGUGUGUCUGCGUGAGCGUCUGUAUGUGCACACAGGGUCUGAAAUUAGCACCUAGCAAGUGCCAAAUGUUAGCGAGAUCUGUUCACGGAAGACCGAUGGUGUUGAUGGUAACUUUGUCAGAGAGCAACGUUGUACUUUAUCAAUUUUACCGCAUUUUGUUCGACUUGUUUGUUUUUUUGCAUCCGAUGUAUCAGUCUGUGAGCAAAUGUUAGAUUUUAUACAUGACAUAGCUCUGAAAAUGUAAGAGUGACUGUGAAAACUGCAUAUUCAUUGUUAAAAGGGGAGAGCAUUUCUCACUUUACCGGCCCUGGAAAGGUGACUCAAAGGAAAUCUUCAGACGUUGUAUAUGCAAUAAAUUAGUUUAAUUUGGGUGAUUGUAAAGACUGAGUCAGUCUGACUGCCCCCGCUGUACGACUACUUUACAUUGUUCUGACAUUUUCAUUGUGAUUGUCAUAAACCUGAGCCUUGUUUUCAUUCCCAA